AUAAUCCAGUGUCGAAAAUACUAGUAGAUGUUAGCAUGCAACAGGAUAAUAAAUGUGGAGAUGGAACGACCGGAGUUGUAGUCCUAGCAGCAGAAAUGCUCAGAAAUGCAGAAAUUCUUAUUGAAAAUAAAAUACACCCACAAAUUAUUUGUGAUGGAUUUCGCAUGGCACUUAAGGCAGCAAGAGACGCGUUAGAAAAGUCCUGUUUUAGUCAUGACAUUAAUUCGGAUCAGUUUAAAGAAGACAUGUUAAAAAUUGCAAGGACGACACUCUCUUCCAAAUUAUUGACACAUGAAAAGGAGCAUUUUUCCCAGCUAGCUGUAAAUGCAAUUCUACGAAUAAAAGAAAGUCUGAACUUGGAUUUAAUUCAAACAAUAAAAAAAACAGGAGGAACAAUCAAAGAUUCGUACUUAGAAGAAGGGUUCAUAUUAGAAAAAAGAAUUGGGAUCAACCAACCGAAGACUCUUACACAUUGUAAUGUGAUGAUAGCAAAUACACCGAUGGAUACAGAUAAGGUGAAAAUUUAUGGAACAAAAGUAAACGUAAACAGUUUUGAAGACAUACAAGACUUAGAGAAUGAGGAGAAGCAUAAGAUGAAAAGGAAGGUCGAAAAUAUUAUUGCACAUGGAUGUAACGUUUUUAUUAAUAGACAGUUGAUAUAUAACUAUCCGGAACAAAUUUUUCGGGAGAAUAAUGUGAUGACUAUUGAACAUAGUGAUUUCGAUGGAAUGGAAAGAUUGGCUAGCUGUUUAGGAGCAGAAAUUGCAUCUACUUUUGAAAAGGAUCUAAAUAUCCAGCUAGGAUAUUGUGAUAAAAUUGAGGAAGUUAUCAUAGGGGAAGAUAAAUUAAUUCGAUUUUCUGGCUGUAAAAAGAAUGGAGCAUGUACAAUCAUUUUGAGAGGUGCUUCCUCACAUAUUUUGGAGGAGAGUGAAAGGUCACUACAUGACGCUCUUGCCGUUUUAGCAGAAACUAUGAAGGAUAAUCGAGUCGUUUUGGGAGCCGGCUGUACAGAAAUGCUCAUGAGUAACGCCGUGGAUAAUUUAGCCAGGACUGUAGAGGGCAAACGCAGCUUAGCCAUUGAAGCCUUUGCAAAGGCUCUAAGACAAAUCCCCACCUACAUAUUAGAUAAUGGAGGAUUUGAUAGCUCAGAAAUUGUUAGCAAGAUAAGGGCCCAACAUACCAAGGGCAAUGUCUACGCAGGCAUCGACAUCAACGCGGGAGAUGUGGGCAAUGUCAUGGAGCUGGGCAUUUAUGAGUCGUACAAAUCAAAGUUAUCUCAGUUGACCUCCGCCACGGAGGCGGUCGAGAUGAUUCUCCGAGUCGACGACAUUAUUAAGUGUGCCCCUCGCAAGAGGGGCGGCGUGUAA